AAAGGUGUGGCUUCCAUUUGACAGCUCUUGCUUUGCAUAAAAGGUGUGGCUUCCAUUUGACAGCUCUUGCUUUGCAUAAGGGGUGUGGUUUUCAGUAGAGGCUUUGCUUAAAAGGUGUGGCUUUGAAUUGACAGCUCUGGCUUUGCAUAAGGAGCGUGGCUUCCAACUGUCAGCUCUGGCUUUGCAUAAGGGGCGUGGCUUCCAAUUGACAGCUCUGGUUUUGCAUAAGGGGCGUGGCUUCCAAUUGACAGCUCUGGCUUUGCAUAAGGGGCGUGGCUUCCAAUUGACAGCUCUUGCUUUGCAUAAAAGGGGUGGCUUCCAUUUGACAGCUCUUGCUUUGCAUAAGGGGUAUGGUUUUCAGUAGAGGCUUUGCAUAAAGGGUGUGGCUUCCAAUUGACAGCUCUUGCAUUGCAUAAGGGGUGUGGUUUUCAGUAGAGGCUUUGCAUAAAGGGUGUGGCUUCCAAUUGACAGCUCUUGCUUUGCAUAAGGGGCGUAGCUUGCAAUACACUGAGAGUCCUUGCUUUGCAUUAAAGGAUGUGGUUUUCAGUAGAGGCUUGCUUUGCAUAAGAGGCGUGGCUUGCAUGCCAAUGAGGCUGGGGGGGUGUUCCUCUGCAUUUGCCUAUGGGUCCCCAGGGCUCUCUGUUGCGCAUCAUUGCCUGGUGCGGAUGCAGGAGGAGGAGGAGCAGCAGCAGCAGGAUUAGCAGCAGCAGCGGCAGCAGCUCCUUUUACGUAAGAAGGGGGAUUACUAUUCCUGGCAGCCAUCGGCCAGAGAUGGAGGCAGAGGAGGAGGAAGCCAGGAGCCGCGGCUAGGAGGAGGCCAGGAUGGGAGCUGCCAACAGCAGCGGACCCCAGGGAGAACCCCAAGGCCAGGAGCAGGAAGAGGAGGAGGAAGAGGAAGAGGAAGAAGGGAAAGGAGAGGCCCCUGCGGUGCUCAAGGACCGCACUGCCAGCAUCCUUCCGGAUGGGUCCUGGGUGCGAAGCUGGAAGAGCCUGCUCUCCAACGUUGGGGGGGCCUUGCUGGGCCUGGAGCGGGUUUUGGGGACCCGAAAUCCCCUGAAGACGGGGGUCCAGGCCCCUCCGUCCGAAAGGCUGCCCCCGUUGCUGGAGAAGGAGCAGCUGGACCGGACCCUGCCCCAGUGCGUCGCCCUUUUCUUGCCCGAGUUCCCCGUCUGCCCCCCGGUCGGGCAUCGCCAGCUGAAGAUUUUGGGAUUUGUAGCCAAGGGCUCUUUCGGGACGGUGCUAAAAGUCUUGGACUGUGGCCAGGAGCAAGUCUUUGCAGUGAAGGUGGUCCCAAAAGUGGAGGUUUUACGCCGGGAUACACUGAAACAGUGCAAAGAGGAGGUCAGCAUCCAGAAGCAAGUCCGCCACCCUUUCGUCCACUGCUUGGGAGACACCUGGCAAGGCCAGCGCCAUCUCUUCAUCAUGUGUUCCUACUGCAGCACCGGGGAUCUCCACACUCUUUGGAAGUCGGUGGGGCGCUUCGCCGAAGCCGUCGUCCGCCUGUUUGCGACGGAGUUGGUCCUGGUGCUAGCCUACCUCCAUAACCUGGGCAUCGUCCACCGGGAUGUCAAGAUGGAAAACAUACUCCUGGACGAACAAGGGCACUUGAAGCUGACAGAUUUUGGCCUUUCCCGCCACCUGCCUUGCGGAGGACGCGCCUACACCAUUUGCGGGACCCUCCAGUACAUGGCCCCAGAAGUCCUGGGCGGGGGUCCCUAUGCCCACGCUGCCGACUGGUGGUCCAUGGGAGUCCUGCUCUUUGCUUUGGCCAGCGGGAAGUUCCCGGUUCCUCCAGAGAAAGACCACAUCUCCAUGCUGGAAAGCGUGAGGAGUGCGAAUUACGCCGUCCCGCCAUCGCUCAGCCUCGGACUGCGCCUUCUCCUCAGUGAGCUCCUGUGCCCAGAUCCGCAGCGCCGACCGCGCUACCUCCACCACUUCCGCAGCCACCUCUUCUUCCGCGGCAUGACCUUCGACGCCGAGAUCCUGCGCAAGCAGCCAGUGGAUUUUGUCCUGGGGCUGCAGCGGGCCAAGGAGACCCCCAUGGACUCGGCCGCCUUCUCCGACUUCGACCUGGACCUCUCGGCCCCCUCCAGCCAGCCCUGUCCCGGAUGAGGCCAGCUGCUGACCCUCUCGGGUGGCCGGAGCCUGGACAAUCACUGUGAGCACUCCCUGGACCACGACGCCUCCGUCUCCUCCGUCCUCCGCAGGUCCUCCAAGGAGACGCCACUCAGGGAUCGGGACUAGGAGAACUGGGCACUGGAGGAGGAUCUCAGGGACACAACUGGAUACAGAGCACAGGCCCCUCCGGCUGCUCAGGCUGCCCCUUCCAAAACCCCCUGUCUUCCCUCUCCAACUAUGCAAGCAAUGCCAGGGGCAUCCUCAGGUCCUGAGAGGGCAAGGAAGGGGCCUUUCGAACUCACUCCCUCGGCUUCCUCCGGGUUUCCAGGAUCUCUGGGAAAGGAAAGAUGGAAAGGAGAGUGCUUCCCAGCUGCCAAAGAGGCCUGUGAGAGCGGAAAGCUUGGGUUUAUCCUAUCUUGGUCUAUGGGACCCUAAAGGAAGGUCCGUCAUUGCUUCCCUCUCUCUUUCAUUUCCCCUUUCUCUCCUUCCUUCCUUCUUUCCUCUCUCACUUCUCCUCCCUUUCUUCCAUUUCUCUCUCUUCUUUUCUCUCUUUUCCCUUCCUUCUCUUUUUCUUU